CUCUUUCUACCACCUCAACAGCUUGCGAGACAACAUAAAACUGAAAGAUUUACGUUUUUGGCCAUGUUAAUGUGUAUUAGCUAAUCGCAGUGUGAAAACACAUUUCAGUUGACGUUAACAUGAACCUAAUGUGCUUAUUCAAUUUGCAAAUUUUUUAAAGAUUGAUACUCAGCCUAGCACUAGGCUAUUCGCUAAUGCUAACUAACUAGCUAACAUCCCUGACCAUGAGCUCAUUAAACUACUCAUCCCCUGCUGAAGAAGAGGAUGUCUGCUGUACAGAGAAAGAAGCUCUGGCGCUGAACAUUGUCGUGAAAGACGAAGAGGAGGAUAUUACAGUGAAAGGAGAGAAAGAUGCUCUGGCUCUGGACAUUGUCGUGAAAGACGAAGAGGAGAAUAUUACAGUGAAAGGAGAGAAAGAUGCUCUGGCGCUGAACAUUGUCGUGAAAGACGAAGAGGAGAAUAUUACAGUGAAAGGAGAGAAAGAUGCUCUGGCGCUGGACAUUGUCGUGAAAGACGAAGUGGAGAAUAUUACAGUGAAAGGAGAGAAAGAUGCUCUGGCACUGGACAUUGUCGUGAAAGACGAAGUGGAGAAUAUUACAGUGAAAGGAGAGAAAGAACCUUUCAGAAUGGAAGAGGAGGAAGAAGAGGCUGUUAUAGGGAAAGAAGAGAAAGCAUCCUCUUCCUCUCUAAAAGGUUCUAUCUCAGUAAAGGUGAAGGAGGAAGAGGUUUUGGGAGUGAAAGAGGAGGAGACAGAAUAUCAGAUUAACACCAGAGAGAGACAUGACUAUUGUGGAUCCUCUGGGGAGCCUCAACAACAUCCUGAUGCUGACGAGGCAGAGAAGAGUCUCUCCAGAUCAGAACACCAGAUGGACAACGCUAGCCCUUCCUCCCUCCCGGAGUCCCCGUGUCGUGCCUCUCCCGGUAGCACCUUACUGCUGGGUAUAAAGAGGUUGUCUGUGCUGCUGGUGGACUGCAGGAAAACAACAGGGUUGAGUAGAACUAACAUUCUCAGUUCGUCGGGACAUGGACUCUACAAGGUGUCGAAAGCUUUCCACAGGGAUGCUGGCCCAUAUUGA